AUUUAAUGUAAAUUACAAAAAUGUGAACAGUACCGUUCUCUCCAUACGGCCGGCUAUAGGCUUCCCAGGUCAGUGCUGAGAAGGGCAGUUCCCUGUUCAGACGACGAUUACACCGAUUUCUUUUUGCUUCUCCCCUAUGCUUGUGAAGAUUGUAAUUUUGCUUGUCGGUAGGAUUAACAGAUUCAAAUUUCUGAGUGUGAGGUGUCUGUUCCGGCUAUGGGUGAUAAAGUUCCGGCUAUGAAGUGAAGAUCAAAAGUUUCAUUUCGUUCAACUAUCGAAAGUUCGAAACAUCAAAAAAUGCUGCUUGUAAGAAUGCACGAGUUCAAUGAAGCGCUCCAGGUUAUUGGAAGGCUAAAUUCUGGGUUUAUCAGACCAAGCAGGUGGUUUCAUGCUUCUUGUUCAGGAACAGGUGAAAUUGAGCACAUUGUCAAAGUAAUUAAUGAACAUUGUUUUCCCGAUCAGCCAUUGCAGCCCACUCUUGAAAGAUAUAUCAAUCCCGCAUCUUUGUCUCCAUCCUUUGUGAAUAAUGUUCUUGGCCGCUUAUUUGCAGCACAUGCCAAUGGGCUUAAAGCUUGUGAAUUUUUCAAAUUUUGUCUUUUUCAUCCUGAUAAAAGCUCAACACCAGAUGCGUUUGAGAAGACGAUUCAUAUACUGACCAGAAUGCGCUACUUUGAUAAAGCGUGGGAACUGAUGGCAGAAAUCAAGGAGACACAUCCGUCACUCCUUACUCUUAAGUCUAUGAAUAUUAUGUUGUCAAGAAUAGCAAAAUCACAAUCCUAUGAGGACACUCUUGAAGCUUUCGAGAAGUUGGAGAGAGAUAUUUUUGUUGGGAAAAAGUUCGGCACAGAAGAGUUCAAUGCACUCCUACACGCAUUUUGCACUCAAAGGCAAAUGAAAGAAGCUAAAUCUGUGUUCAAUAAGCUUCAUUCCCGGUUUGCUCCAAACACUAAAACAAUGAACAUUCUGCUUUUAGGGUUCAAGGAGGCAGGAAAUGUAACAUCAGUGGAGCUGUUUUACCAUGAGAUGAUCCGAAGAGGCUUCAAGCCUAACUAUGUGACUUACAACAUCAGAAUUGAUGCUUACUGCAAGAAAGGCCGUCUGGGUGAUGCCCUGAGACUGCUGAAAGAGAUGGAAAGUGUUAAUCACUGCUUGCCAACAUUACAAACAAUGACAACUUUGAUAUAUGGGGCAGGGAUUGCUCGGAACAUAAGCAAAGCAAGGGAACUGUUUCAUGAAAUUCCCAAGAGAAACUUAACAAUAGAUGUUUGUGCUUAUAACGCUCUCUUGAGUUCACUUCUCAGGUCUCGGGAUAUCAAAGCUGCAGUUGAGUUAAUGGAGGAAAUGGACGAGAAGAAGAUCUGUCAUGACCAUUUAACCUAUCACACUAUGUUCUGGGGAUUGAUAAGGUUAAAAGAUGUUCACGGUGUAUAUGGACUGUAUAACAAGAUGACUGAACAGGGGUUCUUGCCAAAGACGCGGAGCGUUGUUAUGUUGAUAAAGUUUUUCUGCGAGAAUCAGAAUAUUGAUUUGGGACUAAGUUUUUGGAACUACUUGUUAGUGAAAGGGCAGUGUCCACAUAGUCAUGCACUGGACCUUCUGGUUACUGCAUUAUGUUCCCAUGGAAGAGUUGAAGAGGCUUUGGAGUGUUCUAAGCAAAUGAUGGAUAGAGGUAGACAUAUAAGUGGAUUGGUGUUCCAGAUGUUGAAGAGAAUUUUGUUGGAGUCGGGUGAAGAAGCGAAACUGCACCAGCUGGAGGAAAUGAUGAAGAAGCUGGAAAUUUUAUUACCACCUUCAAAUGUACAAUACAAGACUCAUGUUCCUUGCUGCUAGGAAAUUUUAACUUGUUUAUUAUUUUGUGAUAUUUUUUUUAAUUUUAUCUGUAACUUUUUCCUUUAUAAUAUAGGGCCUUUCAGCUCUUAAAACGAGUAACAAUACAAGACCAUCAAAUUCACAUUUUCAGUUCAGACACUUUUAUUUGGUUGUGUUAUUUGACUUAGAUUUCAAAUCACUCUGCACAUACCUGGUACCUGUACCUCUCUUAUUUUCAGUUGAGUUAUUGGUUGUAAGGCCGUCCAAAAGGGGUCACACCAAAGUGUAGCUUGAAGCCUCUUGUCCCUAGAUUAUCUGAACUCCUUGGCAUUGAGGUCAAGAUGGCAAAUGACUGUAUUGGUGAGGAAGUCGAGAAAUUGGUUGCUGAAACUCCCGAGGGUGGUGUGUUGCUUUUGGAGAAUGUGAGGUUCUACAAAGAGGAAGAGAAGAAUGAUCCCGAGUUUGCAAAGAAGCUUGCUGCCCUUGCGGAUGUGUAUGUUAAUGAUGCAUUUGGAACUGCCCACAGAGCUCAUGCAUCCACAGAAGGAGUGGCCAAGUACUUGAAACCAGCUGUAGCUGGAUUCCUUAUGCAGAAGGAGCUUGACUAUUUAGUUGGAGCUGUGAGUAGCCCAAAGAAGCCAUUUGCUGCCAUUGUUGGAGGUUCAAAAGUAUCCACCAAAAUUGCUGUGAUUGAGUCCCUGCUGGAAAAGGUUGACUUGCUAUUGCUGGGUGGAGGGAUGAUUUUUACUUUCUACAAGGCUCAAGGAUACAAAGUUGGAUCCUCGCUCCUGGAGGAAGACAAGCUUGAGCUAGCCAAAUCCCUCAUCGAGAAGG